AUGCUCUUCGAUGAACGGGUAUACACGUACACAGACAGCCGCGGCAGAAAGCAUAAAGUACCUAAGGUGCGUGCAUUCUCGCUGGACCAGAUUCGACGUGGAGACCAUCUAUGCUUCGAUCGAGUUUUCUACUGGCAUCACGCUAUAGCAGAGACUGCCGAUAAAUCAAAUGGUGAAGUCAACGUCAUUGAGUAUUCAAAUUCCGCAAAGCAAUUCAGCCGGGACAACAGCAGCCCGCCAAAAAAUCCGGGAUUGGCUGUGGUGGUUAGACGGAAGUUCAAAUUAGAAAACGAAUCCGUUUACGUUAUUAAACAUGACAGGUGUUUUGAUCCCGAAACUGUUGUUUCCAAUGCUAAGAGUAAGCUAGGGGAAAGAAAAUACCAUCCUGUUACCAAUAACUGUGAGCAUUUUGCCUUAUGGUGUAAAACAGGAAUAUCCUCCUCAGAACAAGUAAACAAAGUCAAGGAUUUCCUUAAGAAAGGAGUAAACACUGUCAAGGAUGUCCUUAAUACAGGAGUAAUCGAUGUCAAAGAUCCCUUUAACACAAGAGCAUUGCCAGAGGUUGUCGCAAGUACAGAAGUAAAAGAGAUCGUUAAAACAGAGGUAAGUCGUGAGGUAACAAAAGAGUUUGUGAGUCAUACUAUUCACGGCAACGGACAGCAAAUCAUAAGUUCUGGAGUUCGUGCCAUGUCAAAGCAACUUAUGACUCAAACUACAGUUAGAACUGGGCAAGAGGUAGUUAAAACUGGAAUGAUUGUGUUACGCGGGUAAUCUUUUAGAGGACGGGUAGCUUGCAAACCAAACUGAACGCAGGGUUGUCGGAACAGCAACAAGAAGAUUUAUUCCAAAAAAAUUAACGUAGUUUCCACUGAGUAAAACUCCACAACAGCACGUAACUCGUUAAACUUACACGGCCUCUGCCAACUUCAAUUAACUUGAUAAACUUACACGGCCUCCGCCAACUUGAAUAAAUACUGUUUGACGACCAACGUCAAACUCUCUUCGCUUGUGAAAACUAGUUAAAACUUAACUCGAGCUGGCCUACUUAUAUACUUUUACAAUAAAGUUCUAGAACAUUCCAAAUGGUCUAAUUAUAGAAAGAUUACAAAAUGUACUGCUUUAGAAACGCUUACGCAAGAUCCUAAAAUAAACAAACUACGAUCUCUCGUUAAGCUUCUAGAUAGUCACGCUAGUCACGCAAUACAAUUUUUCGUAACAGAUUGCGAUGACAAAACAAGUUGCCGCCCAAAGUACAGUCAUGGCUGCAAAAGAGGUGGCCAAAACUGGAAUGGUUCUGAUGACAAAACAAGCUGCCGCACAAAGUACAGUCACAGCCGCAAAAGAGGUGGCCAAAACUGGAAUGGUUCUGAUGACAAAACAAGCUGCCGCACAAAGUACAGUCACAGCCGCAAAAGAGGUGGCCAAAACUGGAAUGGUUCUGAUGACAAAACAAGCUGCCGCACAAAGUACAGUCACAGCCGCAAAAGAGGUGGCCAAAACUGGAAUGGUUCUGAUGACAAAACAAGCUGCCGCACAAAGUACAGUCACAGCCGCAAAAGAGGUGGCCAAAACUGGAAUGGUUCUGAUGACAAAACAAGCUGCCGCCCAAAGUACAGUCACAGCCGCAAAAGAGGUGGCCAAAACUGGAAUGGUUCUGAUGACAAAACAAGCUGCCGCACAAAGUACAGUCACAGCCGCAAAAGAGGUGGCCAAAACUGGAAUGGUUCUGAUGACAAAACAAGCUGCCGCACAAAGUACAGUCACAGCCGCAAAAGAGGUGGCCAAAACUGGAAUGGUUCUGAUGACAAAACAAGCUGCCGCCCAAACUACAGUCACAGCCGCAAAAGAGGUGGCCAAAACUGGAAUGGUUCUGAUGACAAAACAAGCUGCUGCCCAAAGUACAGUCACAGCCGCAAAAGAGGUGGCCAAAACUGGAAUAUCUGCCUUGACAAAACAAGUUGUGGCUCAAACUACAUCAAGCACUGGACAAGAAAUAGUGACAACAGGAAUUCACGUGGCGGCGAAAAAAGUUGCAGCCCAGAGUGUAUCAAAAGCAGGUCAAGAGUUAGUGAAAACCGGAGCACGAGUGUCGACCAAAGAAGUUGUUACCGGGACCGUAUCAAAAGCGGGACAAGAAAUCGUGAAGACGGGGACGCGCACAACUACAAAGGAAGUUGUGACCCAAACUUCGACAAACGUCGGACGAGAAUCUAUUGCUGGAGGGCUUACAUGUGCA